GACCCGAGCCUUUCCCUCUAUUAAAGUCCAUUUUUCUCUUCAAAUUGGGACCAAAAUCCGCAUUUCUCAAUUCCAAUUCAAGUAUGUGCAGCGUAACCAAGAAUAAGCGGAAGCGCGGCCGCCGGCCCAAAAACCGAUCGCCGGUGACCACUGUCCUAAGCGACACCACCUCCUCGCCCACCUUAGCAGCCGAUGACGUUGUCUUUUCCGUCAACAACGUUGAGCUCAUUGACCCCACUUCUCCUCCUUCCUCCACACCCCAUCGUCGCCGUGGCCGCCCCCGCAAGACUCCCAAAAUCGACAGCUCGAAAACCUUACCCGUUCCGGUUCCUCCUAUCGCUAAUGGAUGUGCUGCCAUUGCAUCGAUUACUGCAGAGAACGCGGUGGCGAGGGUGGUCCCCUCGAUGGACGCGGUGGUGAAGGUGUUUUGCGUUCAUACAGAGCCGAAUUUUUCUUUGCCGUGGCAGAGGAAAAGGCAGUACAGCUCGAGCAGUAGCGGGUUUGUUAUUAAAGGUCGGAGGGUUUUGACGAAUGCACACUCCGUGGAGCAUUACACUCAAGUCAAGUUGAAGAAAAGAGGUUCCGAUACAAAGUAUGUUGCCACGGUUCUCGCCAUUGGCACUGAAUGUGAUAUCGCUAUGCUUGCAGUAGACGAUGAUGAGUUCUGGGAAGGGGUGUCUCCUCUAGAAUUUGGCGAUCUGCCUGCAUUGCAAGAUGCAGUGACUGUUGUGGGUUACCCAAUCGGGGGUGAUACAAUAUCUGUGACAAGUGGGGUAGUUUCACGCAUAGAGAUUCUUUCAUACGUCCAUGGGUCCACCGAACUUCUAGGAUUACAGAUAGAUGCCGCUAUAAACUCUGGAAAUUCGGGAGGACCUGCUUUUAAUGACAAGGGAAAUUGUGUCGGUAUUGCAUUUCAAUCCCUUAAACAUGACGAUGCAGAGAAUAUUGGUUAUGUCAUCCCAACACCAGUCAUCAGGCACUUCAUCCAAGAUUAUGAAAAAAAUGGAGCAUAUACUGCCAGCCUUUGGCUUAAAGAUGACCAGCUAGUCCGGUAUUAUUUCAGGAGCUUUUUGUUAACCGGAUUCCCUAUUCUAGGAGUUGAGUGGCAGAAGAUGGAAAAUCCGGACUUGCGGUUGUUGAUUGGGAUGAAACCUGAUCAGAAGGGUGUUCGUAUAAGAAGAAUCAAUCCCACUGCUCCAGAAUUCAAAAUUUUGAAGCCAUCUGAUGUCAUCCUUAGCUUUGAUGGGGUUGAUAUUGCCAAUGACGGAACAGGUGAUCGAGAUAAAUGUUCUGAUGUUCCAUUUAGGCAUGGAGAGCGCAUAGGUUUCAGCUAUCUUGUAUCGCAGAAAUAUACUGGAGAUAGUGCAGCAAUAAAAGUUCUUCGCAAUUCUGAAAAUUUGAAAUUCAAUAUCGAACUUGGUUCUCAUCGGAGGCUCAUUCCAGCUCACAACAAGGGUAGACCUCCCUCAUAUUAUAUCGUUGCUGGAUUUGUUUUUACGAGUGUUUCUGUUCCAUAUCUCCGUUCUGAGUAUGGAAAGGAUUACGAGUUUGAAGCUCCUGUCAAACUGUUAAACAAACUUGUGCAUGAAUUGCCACAAUCUCCAGAGGAACAGAUUGUUGUAGUUUCCCAGGUACUCGUGGCUGACAUAAAUAUAGGAUACGAGGACAUUGUCAACACUCAGGUUCAUGCUUUCAAUGGUCAUCCGGUGAAGAAUCUGAAGAGCUUGGCCAGCAUGGUAGAGAGCUGCAACGACGAAUAUCUGAAAUUCGAUUUAGAAUACCAGCAGAUCGUUGUCCUUCAAACAAAGACGGCGAAAGCGGCAACUUUGGACAUCCUUGCCACCCACUGUAUACCGUCUGCCAUGUCAGAUGAUCUCAAGACCUGAUAUCAGAUCAUCAUGGAUGAUUUUCUUUGUUACUUGAUCGGAGAUCAUCUCUUCAUAUUUAGAUAUCCUAAUUGCCUUCCUUAUGAGGCCAUUAUUAUAACUACUAGGCUAUGAAGCAAAUUGGCCGCAUAGAAUCAAGGAGGUGUCUCGGCUAGUAACUUAGGUUAGUUAACAGGCUUUGGGAGUUCCUGUUACAAAGAAAAACUUGAGGUGGAAAAUAUUAUGUAUUUUAAGAAUUUUGAACAGGUAUUAACAUGGUAGGUAAUGAAAUGGAUUUUGUUUUGGUAUCCCCCUAUAAAUUGGGGAAUUAAUGAAUGUAACUGGUCUCACAUGUCUUCUUAAUGCUAUAUGUUAUUGUUCUUUCCCUUGA